UCCCUCUUGGUUGUAAUUUUUUUUUAUUUUAUCUUUUUUACAUAUUUUUUUACAUAAUCCAACCCCCACUUGAAGUAAUCAAAGCUUUUCCAAUGUUGAAAUUUGCAACAGUAGGGAUGAAUUAUUUUCCAAUUGGUGGAAAAUACUCACGGAAAAAUCCAUCAUUGGUUUAACAAUACAGAGAAUAAUUUUCUUAUUGGUUACUUGAAAUAUCUGUCAGUGUGAAAAUUCUUUAUUUUAUUAUUAUAUAUUUUCCGGAGCUUUUAUUGUACAGCUUGUACAAUAACGCAGUCAUCUUCGAAACUCCAAUGAAAACGGAAUGGAAAAACCAGAAAGAUAAUAAUUUAUUGAUUAGAAAAAAAAAAAAAUAUAAUAUUUUUCUUUGAUUGUAUUUUUUUUUAUAUAAUUAUUAAAAUAGUCUUCUUAAUUAUUUCAAUAUUAUAAUGAAGGACCAACAAGAGACAACAGUUGUACAAAAAAAACCAACAAAAUUGCGAAAUUUAAUUCACAAAACAGAGGCAUUUGAUUCAUUAAAUCCCAGGGGUACUGAGAAAACACAAUGUUCCAGUCAAGUUUGUCUUGGAAGUAUAAUGACCCUUCCAUUUCACGGUUCAGAGCCACGUAAAAAAGAAGAAUUACUAAUUCAUGCUAAAGAUUUUUUGGAGCAAUAUUUUACAUCAAUACGAAGAUUAAAUAGUGAAGCUCAUCAAUCACGUUGGGAUAGUGUACAAAAAGAAGUUAUAGCAACUGGUACAUAUCAAUUGAGUGAAACUGAAUUAGUAUUUGGUGCAAAAUUAGCAUGGAGAAAUGCAGCACGUUGUAUUGGUCGUAUACAAUGGUCAAAACUUCAAGUAUUUGAUUGUCGUUAUGUAACAACAACAAGUGGAAUGUUUGAGGCAAUAUGUAAUCAUAUUAAAUAUGGUACAAACAAAGGAAAUAUAAGAUCAGCAAUAACUGUAUUUCCUCAACGUAUUGAUGGUAAACAUGAUUAUAGAAUUUGGAAUACACAAUUAAUUGGCUAUGCUGGAUAUAAAAAUAAAGAUGGUAGUAUACUUGGUGAUCCAGCAAGUGUUGAAUUUACCGAGAUGUGUUUUAAAUUGGGAUGGCGAGGACCACGUUCUGGUAUUCGUACACGUUUUGAUAUAUUACCACUUGUAUUAUCAGCAAAUGGACAUGAUCCAGAUUAUUUCGAUAUACCAGCUGAGCUUGUUCUUGAAAUACCAAUAAAACAUCCAACAUAUGAAUGGUUUGAAAGUAUGCAGUUGAAAUGGUUUGCUGUACCAGCUGUAUCAUCAAUGGUAUUUGAUUGUGGUGGUAUUGAAUUUACAGCAGCACCAUUUAACGGAUGGUACAUGAGCACUGAAAUUGGUGCACGUGAUUUGUGUGAUGUUAAUCGUUACAAUCUACUUCAAGAAAUUGCAACGAGAAUGGGUCUUGAUACAAGAACAUCAAUGACUCUUUGGAAAGACAAAGCAAUGAUUGAAGCAAAUGUUGCUGUAUUGUAUAGCUUUCAGAUAAAAAAUGUGACAAUUGUUGAUCAUCAUACAGCAUCAGAAUCAUUUAUGAAACAUUAUGAAAAUGAAAUGCGUCUUAGAAAAGGUUGUCCAGCUGAUUGGUUAUGGAUUGUACCACCAUUAUCUGGUUCAGCAACACCAGUAUUUCAUCAAGAAAUGGCACUUUAUCAUUUAAAACCAUCAUAUGAUGCACAGGAUCCAGCAUGGCGAACUCAUAUAUGGAAAAAAGGGAGAGAUAAAAAAUCAACAAGUAAAAAACCAAGAAGAAAAUUUCAUUUUAAACAAAUUGCAAGAGCAGUUAAAUUUACAUCAAAAUUAUUUGGACGUGCAUUAUCACGUAGAAUAAAAGCAACAGUAUUAUUUGCAACUGAAACUGGUACAUCACAAAUGUAUGCUGAAAAAUUAGGUGAAUUACUUGGUCAUGCAUUUCAUUCACAAGUAUUAAGUAUGGCUGAAUAUGAUAUUAGUAAUAUUGAACAUGAAGCAUUACUACUUGUAAUAACAUCAACAUUUGGUAAUGGUGAUCCACCAGAAAAUGGUGAAGCAUUUGCACAAAAUCUUUAUGCAAUGAAAAUGAAUGAAACAUAUACUAAUAAUGAAAAUAAAAUAAGUUUGGCAACAUCGAAAUCAUUCAUCAAAGCAAACAGUCAAACUGAAGUUGGUAAUUCAAGAAAAUUAGAUAGACUAGAUUCAUUGAGAGGUUCAACAACUGAAUCACAAAAUGAAGAUACAUUUGGACCACUCAGUAAUGUCAGAUUUGCUGUAUUUGCACUUGGUUCAUCAGCGUAUCCAAAUUUUUGUGCAUUUGGUCAUUAUGUUGAUAAUUUACUUGGUGAAUUGGGUGGUGAAAGAUUAUUAAGAUUAUCACAGGGUGAUGAAAUGUGUGGUCAAGAACAGGCAUUUAGAAAAUGGGCUGCUGAUACAUUUACUGUUGCAUGUGAAACAUUUUGUCUUGAUGAUGAUGAUACAUUACUUGAAGUUGCAUUAUCACUUGGAUCUGAAGCAUUGACACCAUCAACUGUUAGAUUUAUUGAAGCUGAUCCACAACCAAUUGCCAAAUCUUUGAAUAAAUGUCACAAUAGAAAUGUUACAACAUGCAACAUGCUGAAAAAAACUGAUCUAAGUGGUGAUGAUUCUGGAGCAACAACUUUAUUGCUUGAAUUGGAUGAUCUUGCAGGUAUGGAAAUACCAUACAAACCUGGUGAUCAUCUUGGAGUAUUUGCUUGUAAUAAAAUUGAAUUAGUCGAGGGUAUUCUUGAAAGACUUGAGCCAACAAUGAAUUUUGAUACUCCAAUGGAACUUCAAACUCAAAAACAAUCACACACACCAAAUGGAACUGUUAAAACAUGGGUACCACAUGAAAAAUUUUCACCAAAUUCAUUGAGAAUGUUGUUGACAAGAUUUUUGGACAUAACAACACCACCAACACCAAAUUUAUUACGUUAUUUUGCAUCAAUAGCAACAAAUCAAAAAGAAAAAGCUCAACUUAAUUUAUUAGCAACAGACUCAGCAGCAUAUGAAGAUUGGAAACACUGGAAAUAUCCAAAUGUAUUGGAGGUAUUACAAGAAUUUCCAUCAGUUCAACCAUUUGCUCCACUUUUCGUUUUACAUUUAACAACACUUCAACCAAGAUUUUACAGUAUAUCAUCAUCACCACUUAUUCACAAAGGACAAAUUCAUCUAACAGUUGCCAUUGUUCAAUAUAAAUCACAAGAUGGAACUGGGCCAAUUCAUUAUGGUGUUUGUUCAAAUUAUCUUAAUGAAAUUAAUGAUGGAGAGCCACUUUAUGUUUUCGUUCGCAGUGCAUCGAGCUUUUAUAUGCCACCAAAUUUAUCAUCACCAAUGAUACUCGUUGGACCUGGUACUGGUAUUGCUCCAUUUAGAGGCUUUUGGCAUCAUCGAUAUGCCCAAAAACAACUUGAUAAUUCUCAAGAGUUUGGUAAAAUAUGGCUAUUUUUUGGAUGUCGACAAAAAAAUUUAGAUCUUUAUAGAAAAGAGAAACAAGAUAUGAUGGAUGCUGGUGUUUUGGAUAAAGUAUUUCUUGCGUUAUCACGUGAAGUUGGUCAUAAAAAAACGUAUGUACAAGAUUUAAUACUCGCUGAGGCAUCACAAAUAUUUAACAUGCUGGUUUAUGAAAUGGGACAUUUUUAUGUUUGUGGUGAUUGUACGAUGGCUGAAGAUGUUUAUCAAACAUUAAAGCAAAUUAUUCAAACACAUGGCCAAAUGAAUGAUAAGGAGGUUGAGGCAUACAUGUUAUCACUUCGGGAUCAAAAUCGAUAUCAUGAAGAUAUUUUUGGAAUAACAUUUAGAACUGCAGAGGUUCAUAAUCGUUCCAGAGAAACAGCAAGAAAUCGUCUUGCAAUUGAGCCAAAUUUAAAUUAAAUAUUUUAAAAUUAAUUAAUCUACUUGUUCAUCAUUAAAAAAAAAAAUUAUUACAAUUAUUUUAUUUUUCUGAUUGAACUUGAAAUUUAAAAAAAAAAAACAUAUCUUCUAAAUCAAAAUAAUAAAUUAAUAAAACUUUUAUCUUCUUUAAUAAAAAAAAAUUAUAAUAUCAAUUUAUUCAAUGAUAAAUAUUAUAUAAUUAAUAAUUUUAUUGCACUAUAUUUUAUAUGGUAUUGUUAUUUAAAUAAUACAUAUUUACAAAUAUUUAUUAUUCAUGUCAAUCGCACAAAAUUUAAGUAGAAAAAAAAUUUAAAAACAUUUAGAAAAAUUGUGAUAUGCAUUACAUGUGUUGAAAAAAAAAUUAAUAAUUUAAAAAUUAUAAAAUUUAAACAACGUCAUUAUUCAAAAUCAUAAUUAAAUGUUAAUUAUUAUUAAAAAUUAAUUAAACAUGUAUUUGAUGUAAAAAUUUCAACAAAUAUAAUUUUUUUUUUCUAAAAUUAUGGAAUAUUUUUAAAUUUUUCAUUUAUUUUUUUUGUUUUUUUUCCCAAACAAUGAAAUAAAUUCUAAAUAAAUAUAUUUUACCUUGGA